CAUCCUGCUUCUGGAUAAUCCAUUUUCUCCGGUUUGCAGUCCUGCACCGGACGAUCCGGCCUGACAGUCGUAGACAGGGCCUCACGCAUCGGCUUGCCGAGCAGACGUCGCUGCCGAGGUUCACCUCCUCUUGGCAUCUCCGAGCACCUCGACACCUCGAUGCGACACUCCAGGAGCCUCCCUCGUCCGCGCUCCGCCCACUGAGCCUUUGCUCCCCUUGACAGAAGAUGGCGGUGCCGAAUGGCAUUAUCCAUCCCCGCAAGCGGCGGCGGAGAAGGCGCCUCGACCGGCCUGCCAUUUCCGCGCGCCUGCUGCUCGACGACCGCAUGAAGGGUGAGGUGGGCGUGCUGUCCGAGGACCUCUUCACUGACCUGUUUCCCUGGGCCAAAAGCACCGAACCAAACGGGGAGACGCCGGAGUCGCAUCGCAUCCAGUACGUCGCAAUCACGCCGUGGCUACCGAGCUCCAUCGUCGCUACCCAAGUCGUGCCGUGGACGAUCCUGCCCAUCCGGCCGCCCGAGAAAGACGACACGCCAGCGACGCGACCGCAUUCGUCCCUGCAAGUCCCCGCCUCGUCGCUUGCGCUGCAGUCCUUCUCGCACACGCUCCACACCCUCUCGCCGAACAAGACCCCGCGACGGGACACGCCGAUCGAGAUCCGCAUAUACGACGUGGUGCCGCUCGGCCUGGAGACCGUGUACGUCAAUCUUGAUACCGACGCUCUGAGGAAGCUGGACCAGGUGCACGCAAAAUUCGGUGGCGGCUUUGGGGUCGCGCGACCUAACGGGACACCCAAGGGGCCCAAAGACAGAUUUCUGAAGGCCAAUGGCUUAGCUGGCAAGCAUACCGCUCCAGUGGAUUAUGUGGCACAGGAGCACGUCUGGAGGAAUGCGGUGCGGGAUGCGCUCCACUCACCCGCCCUCGUCCAUACCGGUGAUUUGCUGCCACUGCCUCUUCCGGCGCAUCCUAUCACACACGUCCCUCCUCCGCCGGCAAAGAUCACGGCAUGCGAACCUGUGUCCCAAGGGCUCCUCUUGCCCAGCACAAGAAUUGUUGUGCUGCAGUCGCACCGCCCCUCGAAACCUGUGCCAGUCCUCCCGCCGGCGAGACCCGCACCCAUAGCUAAUGGCUUCGGAGACGACGAGUCGGAAGACACAUCGAAUGAGCAGUUUUACUCGGCCGCCGAGGACCGAGGACCAUCACAGAAUAACUCCCCUCCAGAUGAGGAAUCCACAGAUAAUCUUGAAUCUGAGCUUUCCGAUGCCGGAGACCUUUCGGAUGAUUCGGAAGAUAUCAUUUCCCUAAACGCUCCGGUGCUACCACCUCAGUCGUCUGGUGUUCUCUCUUCGUUUGCAUCCGCUACCCCGCGACCUGGUCAUCUCCAUACAAAUGGAAUUGCUACCCCUGGAUCAGUCUUCUCCAGUUUCACUGCCACAACCGCGCGUGGGCCAUCCUCAAGAAGCAAGGUCUUCAAGGCCCAUGGACUGCUUCAAACCAUUCCCGAUGAGCUCGUCCACCCCAAGCCGGGCAGCGAAGAUGACGAAGAAGCUCGGGUUUUCGUAGACACCAACACGCUUGUCAAAGUCGGAUGCUUUUCGGGGGACUGGGUCAAGGUUGAGGUCACUCCGGAGCCGUCACAGCAUCCGUUGUUUGGCUUGGGAGCAUUUGGAGCAGACCACGAAGACAACACCGAGUGGCGCCCGGUACGGAUCUACGGGCUUCCAGAAGGCAUGACGAAGAAGGUUGCGCGAUACGCCGUCAACAAAACCGAGGAUUUUGACCGGAGAUCCAGCUUCUCAGGCUUCCAGCCAGCGAGCACUUCUCUCCAAGCUUAUCUUUCCCCCAUCCUCUUGGCGAACAUGGGCAGUCCCUCCCAUCUUCGAAUCACGACAUUAUCUCCUCAUCAAUCUUCCCACCUUCCCAGAAGCGCCAUUCAGAAACCGCGGUUGACAAGCUCCUCACUACCGCCCUCAGCCAAGGAAGUCACGCUAUUGAAGCUUUCCACACCUCUCUCGUCUGAGCGUCUCCUCCAGCCUAGUCUGUUCGCUGCUCUAAAAGAACAUUUCGAACAGAAGCGACGAAUAGUCAAGACAGGCGACCUGGUUGGAGUGGCCAUCGAUGAAUCUCUUGGCCGCGCCGUGUUUCAAGCUAGUACUACAGACGACGAACCAGGCAGCGAUGAUCUGUUAUUGAAAUCAAAGAAAUCCCCCAGCGAAGACUACGCAAGUAGUCAGACUGGUAAACCGAAGGUCGUGGCCUGGUUCAAGAUUGGAAACGUCACAACAUCGUCCACCGAGCCUCGCGAUGAUGGAGAACCGGACAUAUGGGGCGGUGUUGUAUCCGUGUGUGCUGCCAGCACCAAGAUGGAGAUGAACGGAAGUGAGCAGGGGAAGACACCAGCCCCGAUCAGCAGUGCGUGGCAAUACUACCUCGGUGCAAAGCGAUCACCAGCCGGCAUGAAUCAGAGGACCUUGGCUAUCGAGGAACUGCCUAAGCCCUACGUGACCGCACUCCGACGGCGGCUACGGGAGCUUAUAUCAGCAUCCACGAGUCCGAGAGCAAUUCAUCUGGGGCUCCCGCCUAUCGCCAUUUUGCUCACGUCUACCCAACGCGGCAUUGGAAAAUCCACGGUAGCUACGAAGGCCUGCGAAGAUCUGGGGCUGCAUACGUUUUCCAUCGAUGCCUUCGAUAUUCUGAGCGAAGGAGGUGCGGGCGGUAGCGAUGUCAAGACGGAAGGCUUCCUGAAAGCGAGAGCGGAGCGCGGAUUGAGCUGUGGCGCGGAGUUUACGGCGCUCUUGCUCAAGCACGUCGAUUCCCUCAACGCUGAUCGGAUGAACACUGCUCUUAAGGAAAUUCUGGCUGACUCCCGCGUUCUUAUCGCAACAACGACCGAGGUUGACAAAGUUCCGGAAGGCAUUCGUGGGCUGUUCACGCACGAAAUCGAGAUGACGGCUCCCGAUGAAGGCGAGAGAGAGGGGAUCCUGCGCAGCAUUAUUGAAGAUGCUGGUAUUCGACUGUCGCCCGAUGUCGAUCUCGCCAAUGUUGCUGUCAAGACUGCGGCUCUUGUAGCUGGCGACUUGGUAGACGUGGUCGAUCGCGCGUUGGUGGCGAAGCAAAAUCGUAUAGAAGCGCUCGCGCUAUCAGCGUCCAAGGGAUUACCAUCCUCCUAUACCAUCUCGACUAGAGACAUCGAGCUCGCGGGAGGCCACUUUAGCAACAGCCUGACGAAAGCGGAUUUGGACAGCGCUGUUGAAGCGGCUCGCAAGAACUUUGCUGAUGCAAUUGGCGCACCGAAGAUUCCGAAUGUCACUUGGAACGAUGUUGGUGGUCUUACCCAUGUCAAGGACGCCGUCAUGGAGACUAUUCAGCUGCCCCUCGCUCGUCCGGAGCUGUUCGCUAAAGGCAUGAAGAAGCGUAGUGGCAUUCUGUUCUACGGUCCUCCUGGUACUGGAAAGACGCUGCUUGCGAAAGCGAUUGCGACCGAAUUCUCGCUCAAUUUCUUCAGCGUCAAAGGACCGGAGCUGCUCAACAUGUACAUUGGUGAAUCAGAAGCCAACGUGCGGCGCGUGUUCCAGCGCGCGCGCGACGCUCGUCCCUGUGUCGUCUUCUUCGAUGAACUAGAUUCAGUCGCGCCGAAGCGCGGCAAUCAAGGCGACAGCGGCGGUGUCAUGGAUCGCAUUGUCAGCCAGCUGCUUGCUGAGCUCGAUGGAAUGAGUGAUGGCGGCGAGGGCGUCUUCGUCAUCGGCGCUACCAAUAGGCCAGAUUUGCUCGACCAAGCCUUGUUGCGACCUGGCCGAUUCGACAAGAUGCUGUACUUGGGUGUUUCGGAUACGCACGAGAAGCAGCAAACCAUUUUGGAGGCACUGACAAGAAAAUUCACCCUGCAUCCCCAUCUAUCACUCCACCGGGUCGCGUCGGGAUUGCCCUUCACGUACACGGGUGCCGACAUGUACGCUUUAUGCUCCGAUGCCAUGCUCAAGGCCAUCACGCGGCAAGCACGCGCCGUCGACGAGAAAGUUAAGGUGUACAACGCGACGCACACACCACCAAUUUCGAUUGCUUAUUUCUUUGACCACUUGGCAGCCGAGGAGGACACGGCGGUUAUGGUCACCGAGGAAGACUUCAUGGAGGCGCACAGGGAGCUCGUGCCAAGUGUUAGCGCUGACGAGCUUAAGCACUACGAACGCGUGAGAAAGGCGUUCGAGGGCGUAGGGAAGAAAGAGGAACCGACGGGGAAACCGGCACCGCUCUCGAUAUCCAACAAUGUAAAUGGGCCGGCACACGGCUCGUCGUGGAAGGGCAAGGGUAAGGCGAGGGCGCCGCCCGAGGAGGAAGACAUGGUUAUUCGCACCGAAAACAUCGAUGCGAACGGAUCGGCAGCUGGUGGGAGUGGAAGCGGCGGCAGCAGCGGGAAAGGGAAAGGUAAAGCACCGGUUGCAAAUCACGCCAGCAAAAGCAGUGUCGAUAUCGCAGAGGGAGGAUUCGGCGAUGCGGCACAGGAUGAGGAUCUCUAUUCUUGAGCAUUGCAUUUGCGGCACCAUCACUUUUUCGCAUCUACUACCGGUUCGAUGAAAUGGCUGUGGAUGAAGCUGUAAAUACUGGUAAUUGUAACGGUAGCGUUUCCCAAUAUUUGCAUAGCCAGCCUGGGUCAUGGGAACGGAAGGGUUGCAACAAGCAUUCUGAGCAAAGU